AUGAAUCCAAACAACCUAGACCCGAAUGAAGUAUACAUAGAUGUGGAUGAAGAUAUUGAAACAUUUGAGCUACAUGAUUUCAGUGAAUUUUUCACAAUUUCGACUGCAUUUGAUAGUAAAGAUGCACUAGUCGAGUGGGCGAUGAAUAUGGCCAUCAGUCAAGGACAUGAGAUUAGGCGACAGUCUUACCACGAGGGCCGACAAUAUUUAACUUGUAAAAGAGCCUAUAAGAGUCGAGGAAAAAAUGCAAAUGUCAAAACAAGCCGGAAGUCCGGUUCAAUAAAGUGUAAAUGCCCUUUUGCGCUAUGGGGUAAAGAGGGUCGUGAUGGAUUAUGGCGCCUUACCAUAAAAAAUGGCAAUCACAAUCAUAAUCCUCAUAAAUAUCCACAAGGACUACGUUCGCUAAGUCGCCUGACUGAAGAGCAACGAGAAGUGACAAAGAUACUGAAAAAGAGCCAUGUGAAGCCGAAAGAAAUUUUGCAUCAUCUGAGACAGAUGAAUCCGGAUACGGCUGCGGCCUUGAGAGAUGUGUACAAUGAAUCACAGAAAAUUAGACGAGAGGAAAUGAAAGGAAAAACAGUUAUACAACAUCUGUGGCACGAACUAAGUGAGAGUGGAUACAGCAAAUGGCAUCGAACAAAUCCAGCUGGUGAUGCAGUGCAAGACGUUAUGUUUGCGCACCCUAAUUCAAUAAAGCUUUUGCAGUUAUUUCCAUACGUCAUCUUGAUGGAUUGCACGUACAAGACUAACAGAUAUGAAAUGCCUCUUUUGGAGAUCAUUGGGGUUACUCCCGUGGGAAGGAACUUCACUAUUGCCGUUGCUUUUAUGUCACGUGAAGAUGAGGACACUUAUGCAUGGACAUUGCGAUGUUUGCGAGACAUAUUACCAAUCGGGAUAGAACCAGAAGUGAUACUGACAGAUCGUGAGUUGGGCCUACUGAAAGCGUUGCCAAACGUGUUUCCACAUUCGCAUCACAUGUUAUGUUUAUAUCACAUAAACAGAAACGUUGAGGCAAACGCGUCAAAAUUCUUGGGUAACACCAAGUUGGGUGUACUGUUCCGGAGGACGGUGUGGGCAAAGUUAGUCGAAUCUGAGACUGAGGAAGAAUACGAAUGCAACUAUAGAGAGAUAGUAGAGAGUGCACAUCGUGCAUCGAAGCGUUGGAUCCAAACAUCGACUGGAGCUAUGGAUACAGUUCAAAAUGCACUAGAUGCGCAAGUUGACCUUCAAAUUAAUGAAUUGAAGGUGGAAAACGAAAGCAGUAGAACAGUCAGGAUGUACAGUACUUCACUGUCGUGCUUCGGUGCUUUGGUAUAUAACGUAUCACACAAAGCACUGGACCUGUUGGAUAAAGAGUACAAAAAGUUGGAAAAGAAUCCGGAUAGUUGCAACUGUUACCUAAGGCGAACCCACGGACUCCCGUGUGCGUGUAUGAUUGCAGUUAAAAUUGCUGAGGGAGAUACUUUUUAUCCGCAACAGUUACAUCCAUUCUGGAGAACGUUGGUUGUCGAGCCGAACUCGGAUCCAUGGGAGGACGAGGAGGAACCGUUUGAUCGCAACGUUGCAAUUAAGAAAGUUCUUCUCGAUGAGUUCGAGAAGUUAUCAAACAAAGAUUACAUGUCCCUAAAAAAUGCGGCCGACUAUUUACGGGACCAAAAUAAUCCUUCUUCAACGCAUUUACAAGAGCCGUCAUUUGUGAAGGCUAAGGGACGACCUAAGAAUAACUCGAUGAAGAGGAACUUGUCCGGACAUGAGCACAUGAUGAAUCGGAAGUCCGAAGUUAAAUCUUCUUCGGGCUCUAAGGGUCGCAAAACCCCGACCGAAAGGACCCCACAGUCAAAAUUUGAAGCUGGUACGCCAGAGUCAAAGGUUAAAGGUCGUCCUCGCGGACGUACUAAAUCGACUGAAGAAUCAGUUGUUACUGCCGGGGACCGGGUCAAUUUCUUUUCAACGCAAUGGUAUUAA